GGGUUGCUCUGAAAUUGGCAAAAAACAAAAUGGAGGCGUAUAAUAUUUUUGUUUGGCAUAGAAUAUAAAAAAAUCCGUACCCGUGUGUGCAAGAAGCGCCGUAAACAAUCGCCGUAAAAGCGGACAAAACGAAGCGCGCUCGCGUUUAUUGGCAGGGAUCGGGAUCCGCUGGAAGGGAACCGUUUAUCGCCAUAUCGUUGGAAAGGCCGAAAGCCCGGAGGAGUUCUGAAUUUGCCACUUUUAUUGUUGGUUGGUUCCCCGCCCCCGGGAAACCGCUAAUUGGAUUGGACUGGAAAGAGGGGGAGAGGGAGGGAGUGGGCGAGGGCGAGGGAGAGGGAGAGAGAGGAUAGGUGGACCCAAAGAGGACGCCGCAAUGGCCACCACCCAGCAAUACUCGCUGCGGUGGAACAACUACCUGCGCCACCUCACAUACUCCUUGGACAACCACCGGCUGAACGACGACUUCGUGGACGUCAGCCUGUGCGUGGACGGACGGAGGAUCAAGGCCCACAAGGUCGUCCUCUCGUCCUGCUCGUCGUACUUCAAGGAGAUCUUCAAGGAGAACCCCCAUCCGCAUCCAGUCAUUAUAUUUAAGUUCAUCAAGUUUGAGGAUCUCAACUCGAUCAUCGAGUUCAUGUACCAGGGCGAAGUCAAUGUGCAGCAGGAGGCGUUGCAGUCGUUCCUGCAGACAGCUGAACUCCUGGCCGUCCAGGGACUCACCGCCGAGGAGAAGGAGAAGCCGCAGCUGCCAGUGGCGCCGAUGAUCAGUGAGCACAAGCUGAUCAAGACCAUACCGAGCACCAUUCGCGCGGUCAACGAGCAGCAGCAGCAGCAACAGCAACAGCAGCAGCAGCAGGUGGCCAAUGUGGGCCAGGCGCAAAACGCCACGCAAACCAUCGAAAUACCCACGGCCACGUUGCUGCAGGCAACCACCGCCAGCCAGGUGCAAUCGCAGGUGGUUGCAGCCGCCGCUGCAGCGGCACAGCAGCUGCAGGUCCAGCAGCAGCAGCAACAGCAUCACCAUGUACAAACCGCCCAGAUCCAGCACAUCCAAGUGCAAUCUGCACCACUCCCGCAGCAGCAACAACAGCAACAGCAGCAGCAAUCCCAGCAACAGCAGCAACAGCAGCAGCAGCAGCAGCAGACGACGCCCGUGCAGACGCAACACCUGACCAUCACCAAUGCGGUGGCCCUGCCGGCGGCCAGUUCGGUCAAGAAGCGCAAGAUCACCUUCUCCGACGACGACGACAACAUCUACACCACCGAAACAGUUGACUAUGCCGUCAAGGAUGAGCAGACCAUAGUGAAAACUGCCGAGAUGACUUUUCUGCGCGGCGCCGUCAAGAUGGACAUACCCGACUAUAUUGUGGGCGAGGUGGAUGACCGCCUGUCGGAUGGAGCCACGCCCCAGACGUCGCAGGACGCCACCACCGGAGCGGCCCAGAAUGUGGCCCAGUAUUCUUCCGAAUACGAGAUACUCACCGAAUCCGAAAUGGAGGAGAAGUAUCAGGCGGAUGCGGAAAACACCGAAAUUGAAAUGACUCGAUUGCUGGGCACCGCCAGCGGGACGGGGGGUGCGGGUUCCGGCCAGGUGAUGGAUGAUGCGGGUGGCGGCGGUGCGACGGGUCCCUCGACUACGGUGUCUGUGACGCCGGUCAAACAAUCUGACAACAAGGCCAGCGGUACGAAUGAUUCGCCCAAUAAUAAGUGGACAGAAUGUCAGUUUUGCAAAAUGGUUAUAACCACGGUUAAUCUUUGGAGACAUAUUCGCACCCAACAUACCCCACAACCGCCCCGCAAGUGCGACCUGUGCAAUAAGAAUUUCAAGAACAAGUACAGCCUGCGGGAGCACAUACGCAUCUCGCACGAGCAGAAGGUGUCCAUCAAGACGGAGAACUGAUGCGUGCUCAUCAGCCUCGGACCGAAAAGAUAUAUGGAUAUGGGAGAGAGAUAUAGUUAAUAACGUCCAGCUUAGCGAGAAGCCAACCAAGCAACCAAACAACCAACCAACCAGCCAGACAUCAACACCCAUUACCCCGUGUUCCCAUCCAAACUAGCCAAAAUUGUCAACUCAAAUGCAAAGCAGACACAAUUACGGAGCGUUUUAAACUUAGCUUACAUUGGGCAACCAAGUCGAUGUUUACCCUACCCCCUAUAUAGUACUACUAUAUAUAUAUAACCCUAGAAUAGCCGCUAAGUCAGUCAGUCAGUCAGUCAGUCGGAGAGUGGAGCUGGUAAUCCCGUCGUUGACCAAGCCAUUUCAUGUGUCCACGUAAUAAGUACAUGUACCACUUGUAUUUUAGUCCACCACUUAGGUACUUCUUUAUUAAAUAGAUGGCAAUGUACAAGCCCUAAAAGUCCAUUGACACAACCAUUAUGUAUAUAUACACACACACACACACACACACACACACACACACACACACACACACACACACACACGCGUCUUAAGAGAUUGAAAAGCCCUUAGGGUGCUUAAUAGCUCAGAUAGAGUGAUACCAUACCGAUCACAAGGAAUCAAGUUGAUUAUAGACUAUUUAAGUUAAAUGUAACCCAAGAUAUGAUCACUUUGUUUUAGCUCUUUGACAGCCAAAACAUGUUGUGGUGCCCAAAAUGUAUUACUUUCUUAAAAAACUAAAAAAAAAACUCUGAUACCAUUCAGUUUUGUAUAUAGAGCUAGGCGGCUAAACAACAUACCUUUAGAAGACAACCCCAAAAACCAAAACCUAUGCUUAAAUAUCUUGAGAUUUCUGUGGCAGCGCCAAAUCCCGAUUAAGCUCUGUACUUUGCUCAGAAAACAAACUAAAAAAAAAACAAAAACAAAAAUGAAA